GAGUACCCCGAGUUUUUGCUUUCGUUUAUUUUUUUAUCGGGUAUUCCUUUGUGGCCUUCACAUUCGUUUCGUUGGGACGUUUUUCAUUUUUGUUUCCAACGCUCUCAUAAUUCGCUCUUCAUUGUUGACAGUUAAUCAUGGGAGGAGGUGAUUUGAAUUCCAAAAAGUCAUGGCACCCACACACAUUAAAGAAUCAGGAACAGGUAUGGAAAGCGGAACAAGCGAAAGCCCUGGAAGAGAAGAAACUAAACGAUUUGAGAAAAGAAAUACAACAGGAACGUGAAAUGGAAGACUUAAAAAGAGCUGGCCGGGAAAGUGGUGUAUUAUCAGGUAGACACGAAGCAGACAAAAAAUUGGACUGGAUGUACAAAAGCACCCACGAGCUUGUCAAUAGAGAAGAAUACCUUCUGGGUCGUAAGAUUGAUAAGUCAUUUGAGGUACUUCAAGCGGAGGAACAGCAAAAGGAGAAAAACAAUCUUGUGGGUGUAAAGCAACCAUUGAACCAUGUGGAACAUGAGUGUGUUCCCUUCUCUAUUAGAGCUUACAAAAAUGUCCAAAGCACCGAACAAGUUGAUCUACAGCGCAAAUUCAUGGAAGAUCCAUUGAUGUUGAUCAAACAACGCGAAAUGGAAACUAGAAGGAAAAUACUAGAGAACCCUGUCAAAUUGAAAGAGUUGCACAAAAUCUUAAAAACUGAUGAAAAAUUAAGGAAAGAGGCAAAAAAGUCCAAAAAAUCUAAGAAGAGUAAAAAGUCCAAAAAGAAGCACAAGAAAAGAAGUAAAUCUUCAAGUAGUUCUAGUUCGUCGGACAAUGAGUCAAAUGGCGACAGUGACUCUGACAUUGAUAGCAAAUUAGCUAAAAAGCUUAAAGUUGGUUUACUCGAUGGAAAAGAUUUUCUUGAGAAAGGAAUGAAUUUAGAUAAAAUUUUGGAUUCAAAAUAUGAGAAAAUUUCUCAAGAAUUAGAUAAAGCAGUCAAAUCAAAGAAGAAGAAAAAGCGGAAAGAGAGUAGUAGUAGUGAUGACGACGAUAGUUUAAAAUAUGAAGGGAAUAAAAAACGGAAUCAUAAGCACAAUACAGAAUAUCACAAUCGUAAGAAUAACAGGCACGAGUCAAGUGAAGAUCGUCAUCGUUCACCAAUUAAUACAUCAAAUAAAAAUCGAUAUUUCAAUAAAGGCCGAUCCCGUUCAAGAUCAGUUGAAAAGUUCUAUAGAAGAUCUAGGUCCACAUCGAGAAAUCGCAAUUCAAAAAAGGUUAGCAGAAGAAGUAGAUCUAAUUCUGUACACAAUACAAAUCGCAACAGAAAUAAAAGAGAAUAUAGAUCAACAUCACCACGUAGUAAACGUAGAGAUAGAACCCCCACUCUUAAUAAACGAACCCACAGGUCUCGUUCGCGCUCAAAUGACAAAUCAAACCGUAGUAGAGCUCACAAAGAUCGUUCGCGAUCUAGGUCACCCAGAAACAAUAAGGAUUCCCGUUUGACGAAUAGAUCGCGGAAAUCCCCACGUCGCUCAAGGUCUACUUCCCCCAAAAUGUACAGAAAAAUAUCCCCCGAGCCAUCAUCCGCUGCUUCUAACAACCAACGCCCCUCUGGACGUUUGACAGAGAAAGAAAAACAAGAACGAUUAAGAGAAAUGAUGGUGAAUGCAGAAUGGCGCGAAGAGGAAAGAACACAUGCCGUUCGAAAACAUCGAGAAGACUAUGCUCGCGAAGAAGAGCAGAACAAGAGCCGGGAAUUCGAUAAAGAUUUCCUCAACAAGGAAGUUAAAAAAGCUAUCGCUAAUCAGACAUCUGUAGGUUCUCGUUUGAGGGCCAACUUGAACAACAUUCAGCGAACGUCUUCGUCUAUGAACGAUAACUUCAUCAAGAAAUAAACUCUAGUCUUUAAUAAAAAUGACGAUCCCAGAGACAAUAUUAUUGUA